CAUGGAUCAGGAUGCCUGAGAAUUGGGCGCGGGGUUUUUCUCGUACAGAUCUCUGAGGUUACAGAUUUCAAAGCGUGUUGUCGGUGGAUAUUGAUUACCAUGACGAAUUAGGAGACGGUGAAUACAGCCACCAUGCAUUCAGUUUUGCGCGCGACACGCGACGGUGAUCUUGGUCAUGCGAGCCAUGCUGACUUUGUGCGCUGCUAUGGAUCGGACAUCCGACUCCAGCAAUGAGUGCAUCACUUUCACAACUUCGGUGUUAUUUAGGAGGGGAAAGAUUAGCAGUCUAUUCAAGUUGAUGGUUGACAGGAACAGCAGGCACACUCAAUGCUCACUCAAAUCAACUAAAGAUGACUUUGUGGCAGGUCAUGUUGAGAAGGACUCGUUAUCAACAGUAGCAAGCCCUGUCGUCCCCACAGAAAUGCCCUUUCGGGCACGCCGUUCACAACCGGUCUUCCCCGCACUUGCUAGCCACCGACGUCGCGGGGGUAGCGUCAUUGCCGAUCUUGUCAAGCUCCACUACAAGUUCCACACCAACGGUUCCGCCCGCCAAAGACACUGCAUGCUUCGACCUCUCCCUACCAAUCACAAUCCUUCCCUUCUACCAAGACGCAGUCAAGACAUCACCCUGUCAGCAGCCAAGCUGCUAGACCCCAGGUUUCCUGCGAUAGUCCAUGGCGUUAUCUAAACAGAGAAGGUGUGUGGCAUGGUAUGGCACGAUGUGUUACCCUCGUACACUUCACCCCGCGUUGUAUGACUCGGUGAUUGUGGAGGGUGGUAUUUCUGAGGCCGACAUGGUAUGGUGAUGCACAUCGGUGUAU